UCAGUCCCACCACACCCCACUUUUUCUUCCUUCUUAUUCACAAUGCACCUCCACCCCCUGCAUUUGCAAUCUCACACCCACACCCUCUCUUCCUCUUCUACAUUUCUAAGUACCAAAUAGGGUUGGAAGACUGAGUUCUUGUCAAAGUCGAUGGGCAUUACUUCUCUGCAAGUUUGCAUGGAUUCAUCGGACUGGCUCCAGCAGGGUACAAUUUCCGAGGAAGGCACAGGAAUGGAUUCGUCACCGAUCACAACACCGUCAGGAGACGACAGCAUCCUCGCAUGCAGCAGACCGUUGAUCGAGAGGCGACUGCGGCCGCCCCAUGAGCAGUCCCUGAAAUGUCCCCGCUGCGACUCCACCCACACCAAGUUCUGCUACUACAACAACUACAGCCUCUCCCAGCCCAGAUACUUCUGCAAGACCUGCCGCCGUUACUGGACCAAAGGCGGCACCCUCCGCAACAUCCCCGUCGGCGGCGGCUGCCGGAAAAACAAGAAGGUCUCCUCCUCAAAAAAACCCUCCUCGUCUUCAUCCUCCGAUCACCAAAUUCACCAGAACCACUCUUCAUCAUCUUCGUCGUCUCCGUUAAUCCUCAACCAAUCACCAAUGCUGCCAUACAACAACAUCCCCUCGUCGUCUGAUCAUCUCCAGCUCGGUAACUAUCCCGAUCAUCACCAUCAUCAGCUCCAGUUCUCAUCGUCGCUGGGGCUGCUGGCACCCAAUCCCACCCCGAUCGACUUCAUGAUGGAGAACAAAUACGACGACGCUUUCAUGGGGAAUGGUGGGAUUAUGCCUGGACAGAGCUUCGCUGCAGAUUUUCAUGGCAUUUGCUCCCCUUUCGGCUUCUCUUCUCUUGAUCACGGGAUUAAUUCCGCUGCGGCGGGGAGCAGUGUUCUCGAGAGUUGCCAGAGGCUGAUGCUGCCGUACGAUGAGAAUCACGGUCAUCAUCUGGAUCAUCAGAACCACCACGAGAUUCAUGAUGUGAAGCCAAAUGCCAAGAUCUUGUCGCUUGAAUGGCAUGAUCAGCAGCAGGCUUGUAACCCUGAUGCAGGGAAGGACACAUUCGGGUAUAAUUUUGGCGGGCUCGGAUCCUGGACCGGGUUGAUGAAUGGAUACGGAUCUUCAGCGACGAAUCCAUUGGUUUAAAGUUUUAUCUAAUGUUAAUUAAUUACUAUAUAAGUAAUCACGAGUGUUGAGAACUUGCGUAGGUAGGGUUAAUUUGGUGAUGUUGGAUGCAUGGGGAGGUUAAUUAAUUAUAAUUAAGCAUGAAAUGAGAGGGUAAUUAGGGUAGAUUAGUGAACCUAAUUAUGAGGUUAUCUUUUGUUUUUCUGCUAUUUUAAUUGGCUUAAUUAGUAGGUGAGUGUGGAAAGGGGAUUGUGGAAGUCUUCGAGUAUGAUUAUAAUUAAUGUAAUUAAGUGCUUUAAUCUUUAUCAUUAAUGCAGAUAAUUAUCUUUUCCUGUGUU